UAUUCAGCUUUCAGUCAGGCACGCUCUUGAACAGUCCCCUCGCUCUGUGUGCAGAGGACCAAAGCAGUCCACUAUGGCGGCGCCCGGUGGCUCCUUAAACUGUGAGGACUUCUCCAUGUUUCAGGAGGUGCUGAAGGUGAUGCGCACCAUAGAUGACCGCAUUGUCCAUUCCCUGAACACCACCGUGCCCACAGUCUCCUUCUCAGGCAAAGUGGAUGCCACACAAACAUGCAAACAACUCUAUGAAUCUAUGAUGGAGGCCCAUCUGAGUCGAGACAAAGCUAUUAAGUCCUGUAUAGCCCAAACAUCUGAGGUGGUGGGACAACUGCGUGAAGAAAGAGCAAAAGACAGCGAUAACCUGGCACUGAUCAAACAGCUCAGAAAGGAGCAGACCAAAUUAAAGCUUAUGCAGUCAGAGCUGAAUGUUGAAGAAGUUGUCAAUGAUAGAAGUCUGAAGAUUUUCCAUGAAAGGUGCAGAAUCCACUACACACCCCCGAAGGUGAAGUGAAGCUCCGCCUGAUGAGAAGAGCCGCUUCACUUGAGGUUCGAAUCCAGACUGGAGCUGAAACCGUGACCUUCUGCCGAGACCUGACUGCAGGCUGGUCACCAUCCAGACCACUGUGACCUCUCGUCCAACACACUUGUAUUCCGUUGUGAUUCUCAUAUUGCAUUACCACAGCUGUACAACAGUCAUCCGCUGGCUUUCAUUGAUAAGAAACAUUGUACAAAAAGUGUUGUUUUUUUAAAAAGACAAUGAAAUGUUUUCAAGUGAC